CCUGUUUAUACGAGACAGCGCAUUUAGUAGUAGCUAACGAACUCCAAAAUACACAUGCACUGCACUUAUUCUCUCUUCCAAGCCCUUUUUCAUUCAUUCUCUCUUCACUCUCACGAAACUGCGUUGUUCUCUUUCAUUCACGUCACAAGAACAACAACUUGUGUUCUCUGUUUCUGCUCUGCGUGAAAAACAGAGUCCCCUGUUUGGUGCCUAUCGCAAUGAAGUAUAUACGGAGCAACAGCUUGAAGAGGCUUUUCUCGUUUGGAAAACGCGGGUUUGGGGAAGAAAACAAUGUUGGGUUGGUGGCUCCUUCAUGUGAAGAGCACCCUCUAAGACCCUCUUGGAAAUGCUUCUCCUUUGAAGAGUUGUUCGAUGCCACCAAUGGUUUUAGCUCAGGGAAUUUGGUUGGGAGAGGAGGGUAUGCAGAGGUUUAUAAGGGAACGUUGCGUGGUGGUGAGGAAGUUGCGGUGAAGAGGCUCACCAGAACUUCAACUGAUGAGAGAAAGGAGAAGGAGUUUCUGAUAGAGAUUGGCACAAUUGGUCACGCGCGCCAUGCCAACGUGUUGCCUCUUCUGGGGUGUUGCAUUGACAAUGGACUUUACCUCGUUUUUGAGCUAUCCACCGUCGGUUCUGUUGCUUCUGUUAUUCAUGAUGAGAACUUGCCUCCUUUAGAUUGGAGGACAAGGUACAAGAUAGCUCUUGGGACCGCACGUGGUCUUCACUACUUGCACAAAGGCUGCAAGAGGAGGAUAAUUCAUAGGGACAUCAAGGCCUCAAACGUUUUGUUAACAGCAGAUUUUGAACCAAAGAUAUCUGAUUUUGGACUAGCAAGGUGGCUUCCAUCUCAGUGGACUCACCACUCAAUAGCCCCAAUAGAAGGGACAUUUGGGCAUUUGGCACCAGAGUACUACAUGCAUGGAGUUGUGGAUGAGAAGACAGAUGUAUUUGCCUUUGGUGUGUUCUUGCUUGAAAUCCUCUCUGGAAGGAAACCAGUGGAUGGAUCUCACCAAAGCGUGCACAGCUGGGCUAAACCAAUACUAAACAAAGGGGAGAUAGAAAAAGUGGUAGAUCCAAGGCUUGGAGGGGCUUAUGAUGUGACACAGUUUAAUAGAGUAGCCUUUGCUGCCUCCCUGUGCAUUCGGGCAUCUGCAACUUGCAGACCUACCAUGAGUGAGAGUUGGAUUACCUUUGUCCUUUUGGCUCAGAGUGUUCAAGUCAAAGGAAAGAUUUAGCCCUGAUUCUCAAAUUCAACGUUACUAAUGUGACAAUUACUGGUGCCUGUGGCUGAUAACAUUUUAAUAUUGAUUUCUUUCAUUAGUCACUCUUAUUUUGUUGUCUAACAGGUAAUCACCAUUAUUUUUAUUUCUUUUUUUUUCUCUGUUGAAACUAAUCAAUAACUUGUUUUGUUCAUUAACUGCCACUGGUGUAACCACCACAGCAUUGUAUACACUAUUUAAUGUUUAUAAAUAAACUAUAUAACUAUUAUGUGUUAUGUAAUGCUUUAUAGGUAGAACAGUCUGUGUCUGUGACUGGUCCCCCCCUCCUCCCAUGCCUUUCUUUAAUCAGUACAACGAAAUUUAUCUAAGUCUCAUGCUGCAAUUAAAGCAUUGAAUAAAUAACUCCUAUAUAGAAGCUUAUUCUUGGAUUAAUUUUCAGAAAAUAAUCUUGUAGUAAUUCAACCUUAUAAAAUUAUAUCUUAUUAUCAGUAGAUAUGAGAUAUGGAACACACGCUUAUUUUCUUUGUAGAUUUGAUUCCUAAAAAUGUGCUUGUUCUUUUGAAUAUUUUAGAGUCACACUUGGAAUUUCAAUAUUUCUUUUUUAGGGGAAGCAUUCUGAGUACCCUUUUCAUCAUCAAUGAGAUUUGAAUUCAAUUACAUAAGAAAUUAACGUUAUUAUUCUUUAUCCAAAAUAUUAAAAUAAUGAGUCAAUGGUUAUCAAGUUUAUAUAAUACUCUACUUUGUUAUUUUUAUUUAACGUGAGACCUAGACUCACAUCAAUUCUAACUAAAUAAUCUCCUUCUACAAUUCCUCUAAAAAGGUCAAACUCAGAUACAUAUAUAAGUAUUUAUCCUAAAAGAUAGAGUGAUCGAUUUCAUCAUGAGUCCAGUCUUUCAAGUGUGUUGUGAUGAUUGAUCUUAAAUUAUGACAGUAUGGUAAAAAGUGCAUGUCUAUUAAAAAUCAUUCAUAAUUUUUAGUUAAGAAUUGUACAUGUUUACUAAGAUUGUUGAUGGAUGAAAAGAUGGUUCAUUGCAAAAUUUUAAGGGAGAUUAUCUUCUGGGCAGCAAGGAAUGUUUCUGAAAAAUAUUGUCCUUUAGACGAAACAUGUGAUGAUUUUGUUUGUGUGUGUGUGUGUGUG